AUGAAUGAAGAAUCACCAAGAGAGGUAUUAAAAUCUCUUAAUUUUGAACUUGUUAGCCCAUUUGAAAUUGUUGAUGGCUAUCGUCGUUCUUGUUCAACAGUGCCUAAUCUUCAUUUACAUUAUCAAUAUUAUUAUGAUGUUCCGGAAUUUAUGACUGUUAUCAAAGGUGACGGAACAACACAGUUUCAUAUUGGAUAUUAUAGGUAUGUUAUUUAAUGGUUUCUAUGUUCAAAUGUUUUUAAAAUUGUUGACAUAUGAAACAUAAUACUUCGGAGAAUAGAAAUUUGUUCUGUUUACGUUCUAUUUUUAACGUCAGUUCAAUAAAGAAAAACGAAUAAGAUGACCCUUUAUUGAACAGUUGAUAAUAUCACUAUAAGGUUAUAACUGGAUUAUUAUAAAAUUAAGUCCUGUGUAUAGACAUACGUCAUCAUGACUAUACAUUAUUUAGUUUAGUUACGACAUUAAGUGUUUUUAGCUAAUAAAAAAAAAACAGCUUCGUCGCAUCUUGUUUUUGUUUCUUUCUUUGCUUGUCUUCCUCGAUUAUUAAUACAAUAUUUAUAUACACAUCUUUCAAUACCUUUUAUUAAUCAACUAAUCGACUAUUAUUAAUAAAUGAAUAUGAACGAAUUCGAUAAAGUAAAGUUUGUCCUUAAUAGUUCUCAGGUGAAUAAUGUACAUUGACACAUCAUAUGUAAGAUGGAGUUUUUUAAUAGACUCUCAUUUUUGUAAACAUAUCUUUCAUUUAGACAAUAGUAGAGAAAUUCGAUACGUUCUAUUAGCCAUUGUACAAUGUUGAAUAAAAAAUUCCCAUAAUUUAGUUAGAUGCUGUAUUAAAAAACAAUGUUACAGUAAAACGCACAAAUAUCUUUCUCAAAUAUCGUUUGCAUUCAAAACAGACAUCACACUAAAAAAUUUGUUACAAAUAAUUAAAAUUACCUACAGUUACAAUGAACAGCUGAACAUGAUAUUGUUCAUUCAUUCUAUAGAAAUAAUCGACCAUAUAUCUACUAUGAAGACCAGACUUUGAUUAAUUAUUGAUGUUGAAAUUCUAAAAGAAGAAAAAUGUUUUACUGUAAAAUGAAUUUCACUUUGCCACAUGUACUCAGUUAACCUAUCCAGGUAGUUUUUUUUUUCUGCCAUUUUAAGUUUCGAAUAAAAUUUUUGUUAUACACUAAACUUCUAUUCGCGCCAUCAAUGUCUCAAAUUUCUAUAGUGCGCAUAAAUGGAAUAAAUAUAUAUUGAAUGAAUAUUUCCAUUCUAUUAUAUUGCAAAUAGCACACUUAUUACUAUAGAUAUUAGGCAUGUCUGAAUUUUGAGAUAUUCCUUUCCUUGAAUGAAAAAAAGAAAGAACGUGAUGAUAUAAAAAUUACAUAAAAAGAUACAUUAUUAUUAUGUAAUUGACAAGAUUCUAUCACUGGACAUUCUAUACAACUGUUCUUCUUCGAAUAAAACAAAAUAAAAUAAGCACAGAACAAUAUAAGAAAUACUACUACUAUCGGUUAAACAAAAAUUUGAGAGAACGAAGAGAAAAAAAUAGUAGAAUAUAUGAUUUGAAUGAUGUCAUGUCUAACAUUUUAACUACGCAUAAUACAUAUUCGCUUCGAUGCAAACUAUGACACACUCUAUCCAUCCGUUGCUGCAGAGCGUUACUAAUCAUAAUAGGUUGUUU